AUGGUACAUGGGCAAAUAGAGGACCUUCAGCGGGCACUCCAAGAAGCACGACAGGAAGUCCAGGAACUGACUGCGGCAAAAGAAAACUUCGAAACUAACACACAACAAGAAACGUGCAGAUUGCAAGAGCGGUUGAGGUCAUCAGAACGUCUUCUCCGGGAGGAAAAGAUUGCCAAUGAAAGAGCCUUGACAGACUUUGUGUCCCUGGUGGCUGUUGCUGUGCUCCUGAAGGCUACCAUUGAGAGGGCCCUGCAAGAACUACAACAUCUUGCAGUGCAAGUCAGGGACCUGGAGAUGCUCCUCAGGAACUGCUUCUCUUUGCUCCCUGGUGCUAAGAUGGUGGAAACAUGCCUUCAUCACAUUCCAUCCCUGGCCGGUGACUACUGCAUAACAGUUGAUCACCUUAAGAGGUGUUCAAGCUGUCAGCUAGUGAUGCCUCUGUUGUAUCACAUAAGGACUUGUGACAAGUUCCGUUGCGAAAAGUGUGAAAAAUUAGUGACCUUGUAUAUCGUGCAUAUAUCGCACUGCCUGGAACCAAACUGUACAAUUUCAUACUGCAUAGACUGUAGAACACUUUCUCAGCAACGUAACUUGUCAACACAAGACCUUGAGACAGAUCGACACUUGCGUGAAUACGUGCAGAGUCAUCUCAGAAUACUUGCGUCCCAAGCAAAUGAGGUUAAUGCCAUCUUUGCUCAUGGUCCUGGUGAUGGCAACCCCUACCACAGUCGCCAAAUGACAGCUGCAUUAAGGCUUCAUGAUGACUGCGGAAAACAAGUAAAAGUGAACCUAAAAGGCAUUGCUGAUACUGUUCCCUUCGUACGUGAGACCAGUCGAGGAGCUUGUGGUGUGGUGUUUCAAACACCAUGAGGAGUGGUCCUCACUUAGUCAUGAGAGGAGCUGCCCACCAUGCCGUAUAUUCCAGCAUGACCUACGCAGAUGUGGCACCUGUCGUAUCGAUAUGUGUGAAACAUGUGUGAUGGCUUGCUGCGCAUGUGCAAAGCACACACUGGUGUGUCACAGUGAGGGCUGUACAUUUCCAUUCUGUCGAGGUCCGUUUAAGACCUUAGUGGGCCACAGAGAUACAACUUAUCCAUCUCGAGUUGUCCUUUUGCUGUUUAGGGAGUAUGUGCGCCAGAUUUGUUUUCCUCACUGAUGAAAUGAUGAAACAUGUAGAUAACUUCUACUCUGUGAGCAGAUGUUAGGAGGGUAAAAAUCAAUUUUACCAUCCUAGCUAAGAAUAUUCUGCUUGCAGAUUACAUGUAGAAGUUAUCUGCAAUGCUGACUUUUAAACCAUUUUUUUCUAAUUUGAGACCAUAACAUAAGAACAAUAACUUAAUUCUAUCAACGUUAUGUACAUUUUUUUGUAUUAGCUUUCUUUUGACAGUAAAAUUGUCCUUGUGUGUAUGCCUUGUCUCACAUGAGGAGAGCUGUACCUAGUGCAAUCUAGCAAAUAUUAUCACCAGAAAUGGGCUGAAAGCACUUAGAAUGCAGUGACCCGAUUAACAGAAUCAUUACAAAAAACAAUACCACCAACAUCAGCAAAACUCUGUCUACUUAUCGAGAAAUAUCUCAGACAUCUCUCUAUAAAGAUUCAUAUUCAGUAGGAAUCAUAUUUUAGAGUAGCAAAUCUUUGGGGGGUUCACACGCCUGCCACCUUCACGGCCACACUCCCAGAGGAAAACAAAAUCACUGAUGUUUAAGUUGUUUUUCUAAGGUCGGUCUUCUAUUCAACAAACAUUUGAAGACCCAUAUUUGUAGUGUUUUGUGAUUCUUAGCUUCUUAGAAUCAUUUCUUUUGUGUAUGAUAGAUAUGACAGUCACUGCUUCGUACAGGUCGACUAUAGUGACACGAGCCGCCAGUACGCAGUCAUCUGUGACAGUAGUAAUUCGGUACUAACAACAUUGUUAAAAAUUCUAUUUUAAAAAGAAAAUCAGGAAACGGAUGUGUAAAAAUGUAUUUUGGAUGCAAACAACAUCUAUGUGCAUGGAAAUGGUUUAUUUACCUUUAUAAUCAUCAUAUUCAUUGCAGCCAAAAACAGAGUAGUGCCAUGUAAAGGCUCAUGUCAUCUUAGGGCAUCCCCACUAUGCACUUUGAGUACUGCACCAUGUUAUUUCAUCAAAUAUUCUUAAAUAUAGAAAGUGGCCCAAAAUGAUGAUGAUUAUAAAAUGAAAAUAUUACUACACAGUCAUGCUGUGAUUUAGUUUGUAUCAUGAAGUCUGCUCUGCAUGUACAUGUACAGUUACAUUGUGCCAAGUUAGGGAUGUCUUUAUACUUAUUUUGUUCACUUAGCUCACCAGGUGUUUAAUACUGAAGAUGGAAAACCUAAUAUCAUAUUGUAACCUACAUUUGUACUGGCAAUAUGUCUUUAACUAAUGUUCAAAAUAUGGUAUUUGCUUGAUCGAAGACUUUGAAGCUUGUAUGAUCGAUGUAGCCCAGGGAAGAAGGAUAAAAGUUCAGAAGGGUUUUGAUGUAUGCUGCAACAAUUGUUCUCUCUGUAUAUAUGUAUGAAAAUCGUUAUGGCAUUGCUCUCUGUAUAAUAUACAAAAAUAUGAAAAUCGUAGGGCAUUGUUCUCUGUAUAUACACAUGUAUGAAAAUUGAACUGUACAUAGGAUUUGAGAAUUCCGAAAGUUCAGCUACUAAGAAUCUGGGAAAAGAACAUUUGCAUAUAGAGGUGCAGAAAGCUGGAAUGCACUCCCACUAACUGUGAAAACUGCACCAUCCACACAAACAUUCAAAACAUUGUGCAAGUACUUUGUGUGACCUCUGACCUCCAUCCCCUUAACAACUUGGAACGGAAAUGGAUAUAAGUGACAUGGUUUUGAUUUUGUUGUAUUAUGUGAAUAUUGUACUGUAUGUACAUGUUAUUUGUAUGUAUCCAGGGCCUCCAUGGAAAGCAGUGUCAGUCACUAAUGGGAGCCUACCCUGGUAAAAGAACACAGAAAUAAAAUGAAUAAAUAAAUAGGAUUGGUUAGGUAAAUUACCUUGACACAAAUGCAAACAUUGUGACUAGCAAUAUUGUGCAUUGUUUGACAUUUAACCAUCACUACAAUAAUUCAUUAUUGCUGCCAAAUGUCAGCCUGUAUACAACCUGAAACAUUAAUUAUUCUAGAGCUGUACCAGAUUGGUCUUAGCACUUAAUCGGAACCUUGUAAAUGUAUUUACUAACAUGACAUGUAAAGU